AAUUGGAGUCAGCAAAAAUGUAUACACGCAUCCGUUAGUCUGAUACUGUAAAUAACGAUACGCUUUGUCUCUCAUUAACAAUAUCAAUAAUUUUUUGUAACGAGACGACAAAUGUUUACUUUGGUGAUGUAAGUUUCGUCGUCAAAUACACACAAGUGUUCAGUGUUCAUGCGGUCGUCAAGAAUCGUGUUUCAAAUAAUUCAUACUGGCGAAGACAUUCUUCCUGGUAGCACGCAGUAUUUUAUAUCAGAUUGUUAGCUCUGCCGAGAUAACAUAUUUUUUCACUUCAUUAUUUUUCUCCUCUGUCAGACGUGCGGUAGGGAAAUGAUCAGUGGAAACGUAAUUUCACGUUGAACUAACGAGAUUUCAACAUUUUUUCCUCGGUUUUCGUGUCGACCCAGCUUCGAUCGUGAUUUGAAAGCCAAUUCUUUGCACUCGAUUAAUUACGAUGAAUAAAAAUUGUUACGAACAUCGUUUAACGAUCGCUACACUCGUGGGCAUUUUUUCCGGAGGUUUGAUAGGCGCAGUUUUGAAAAAUUUCACCGAGCAACCUUGGACCGAGCGUGCUAUCAUGUUCUUCCAAUUUCCUGGGGAUGUUUUUCUUCGCACUGUUAAUAUGCUUAUUAUUCCUCUCGUUGUAUCUAGCAUCGUUAGCGCCAGUUGCAAUCUCAGUAAAUCGGGUACAAUCGGAUUGAAAGCUCUCUAUUACUACACAGCCACAACUACUCUUGGAAUUACACUGAGUGUUAUUUUAUCCCAGACGAUACGGCCCGGAGAAAUUCAUCGGAAUGACAAUUCAACGAUAGCAGGAGGCUCUAAAAACUUCAUCGCGACCGAUAUCUUCCUGGACCUGUUCCGUAACUUAUUCACGGAUAACAUAGUGACAGCCUGUGUGAGUCAGUAUCAAACAUUUUUAAUCGAACCUUCAAAUGCCAGUUCAGAUGAUGGUGAUUCGAUUUAUUUUUGGAAAAUAUCUUCCCGAGAAACCGAUGGGACCAACAUUUUGGGUCUUGUUAUGUGGAGUCUGUUAUUGGGGAUAGCCAUCGGUCACAUCGGUAAUAGGGGCAAACCUUUGCUGCAUUUUUUCGAUAGCCUCUCAGGAGUCAUGAUGAUGACGAUGGACAAAGUCACGCAGCUUGCACCAUUCGGCGUUUUGUUUCUUGUGCCAGGAAAAAUUUUGGAAACUGACGAUAUUGGAGCAAUGUUAACGCGGUUGGGAGUCUACGUCAUGACCGUAUUCCUUGGUCUGAUCAUUCACGGCCUCGUGGUCCUCCCAACUUUAUAUUUUGUCUGCACGAGAAAAUCGCCGUUUAAAAUUUUGGCUAAGGUUGGGCCUGCUUUCGUUACCGCGUGUGGAACAUCCUCCAGCACAGCGACGGUACCGAUGACACUGAAGUGUCUCGAUCGAAUUGGCGUUGAUCGCAAAGUUUCGAGAUUCGUAGUUCCGUUAGGAGCAACUAUUAACAUGGAUGGUAUCGCUUUGUAUGAAACGAUCGGGGCGAUGUUCAUUAUUCAAUUGAGAGGAUUGGAUAUUUCACUAAUCAAAGUAAUAGCGAUAAGCAUUACGUGUACGGUUUCGUGUAUUGGAGCUGCUGGUCUUCCAAACGGUGGAUACAUGAUGCUCAUUCUUGUUCUCAAUUCUAUUGGAAUACCAGCAUCUGACGUAAUGCUCAUUAUUACCAUCGAUUGUCUGGUUGAUCGGUUUCGAACAACUGUCAAUAUUGUAGCAGACUCGUUAGGUGCUGGUGUCAUAUCUCAUCUGACGAGAAAUGAGGAAGCUUUGGAGCGUCUCGAUGAAACAACAGUGCCGUUAAAUUCCGUUUUACUUUAAAACUGAAGUAUAUUAUAUAUAGUAAUGAAAUAAAAAAUUCGUGCUUAAGUA